AUGGACUCCACCCCAAUCAUCCUCGCUCACGACUUCCCGCCCUUCUUCCGCAUCCACUCCACCGGCCGCGUCGAGAGGUACCACCGCCAUGACUUCGUCUCCCCCUCCCACGACCCCCUCACCGGCGUCGCCUCCAAGGACGUUUCCAUCUCGGCGGAGAACGGCGCCUCCGCCCGGAUCUAUCUCCCCACCGCCGAUCCCGGCCGCAAACUGCCCCUCCUUGUCUACAUCCACGGCGGCGCCUUCUGCAUCGAGUCCGCCUUCUCCUCCUUCUACCACCGAUACCUAAACGCCCUCGCCUCCAGAUCCAGAUCCGUCGUCGUCUCCGUCGAGUACCGGCUGGCGCCCGAACACCCGAUCCCGGCCUGCUACGAGGACGCCCAUGCCGUGGUCGAGUGGGUCGGGUCUCACUCCGGAUCCGAACCCGGACCCAAUCCGUGGCUGAACGAUCGGGCCGAUUUCAGCCGUGCGUACGUCGCCGGGGACAGCGCGGGCGCCAACAUCGCGCACGACAUGGUCGUUCGAUCAUCCGUGAGUGGGCCCGGGAUCGGGCUGAGAUUCUCGGGCCUGAUCUUGAUCCACCCGUAUUUCGGGGCGGGGAAGCCCGAAAAGCUGUGGGAUUUCCUCUGCCCCGACUCGAAGGGGGCGGGUGACGUCAGGUUGAACCCGGCCGCCGAUCCGGAUCAAUUGGCCCGAUUGGGCUGCGAUCGGGUGCUGGUGUGCGUGGCGGAGAAGGAUCUUCUGAGGAACAGAGGCUUGAUUUACUGCGAGGGGUUGAGGAAAAGCGGUUUUAGGGGUCCGGUCGAGUUGUUCGAGUCGGUCGGCGAGGGGCACGUUUUUCAUUUGUUAGACCCGGUUUGCGAUGGGUCGGGUGUGUUGAUGGACCGGGUUGUGGGGUUCAUAAGCGGGUCUUCAGUGAGGGCACAUUUUUAG